AUGGCAGCAAUGAAGCUCCAUCUCAACAUCUCGCUCGACAGUUCAACGGUCACAGGCGCCAUCGAGCGCAGUAGUGCCGCCCCUCAAAGCUCGGUUGCAGAGAUCAUUGAUACCAUGGUAGGGUUUGAUGAUGAGACUAUCAAUGCACUUCGCCGAAUGGAAUUAAGCACUCUGGACAACCUUCCCCGACGAGUCAAGACCCUUUGGGACACCACUACCACAACACCACCACGAAUUUUCCCGGCUGAGCGGUGCUGGGUGCAAAAAUCCCCUUCGGCCGCAACUCUCGUGCUUUCCACCUUUGAUAUCCUGGGUGAUCGCACCCAACCGCAGCCAACCACCUACCAGCGGGGCCAACAAGCAGCUGCAGAUUUCGAUCCCAGGAUCGCCGUCGCCCAAUUGAUUGAACCGGAUGCGGCAUCACCAGUCACUCUCAUUGGUUUGAAACUUCCUUCCCUUCCAGAUAACUUCUUCAAGUGCCCAUUGGGCUUAUCCACUUCGGUGGAGCCAUACCUGGAAAGCGGCCAUCAACUUCUCCUGACCCCAAGGCUGUCAAGCUCCGAUCUGCACAUAGGUUAGUGAAUCUUCCCCCUUUUCUCACUAACACUUUUAGAUUUUCCCUCCACACCUUUCCAAAAACACCCCACCUUCCUCCCCUCCCCCCUUUUCAAUAGCCGAAAGCUAACCACCACACAGACCCAACAGAAGGAUUCUCCAUCCCCCUCGGUGCCUGCACCAAAAUCUGGAUUCUCUUCCCCCCACACCAAAGAACCUCUCCCUCCUCGCCAAGAACGAAGGCCGCCGGUCAAAGACCCAACGAAUCGGGCACCUCCUGGAGGGCGGUAUAAUCCUCACCACCACCUCGUCCUCCGCAAUCUACCUACCAGUAGGUUAUAUCCACGGGGUCUUUACCACCUCCGGGGGGUUCCACAACGCCCUCGACUUCACAACACCGGAUUCGAUCAAGACGUAUCCGCUGUUGCUUUCGGCUAGCAUUGAUCGGAACAGCACCUCCUUCGCGGAGGAGGUGCUGGGGUGGUUCCUGGAUUGUGUGGAGCUGGGCCUGGAUGGCCAGCAGGAGGGGGAGGCGGUGGAGGCUUGGGUUGCGGCUGGGGAGAGGGUGCGGGAGUUUGGGAGGGGGAAUGGGAAGUGGAGGAAGAAGGCGAUGGUGGUGUGGGAUGACUUUUUGGGGAGGAAGGGGUUGAGGGAGAGGGUUUGUGGGUGUGGGGUAGAGCAUGGGGAGGGGGGGGUUGUGGAACACUUUCGGGUGCAGCAUCUUUGGAAGAAGGGAGCCAAGGCGAAAGCCGAGGCGAAAGAGAAGGAACCAGAGGCGGAACCGGUGAGAGGGAAGGGGAAGAGGAAACGGGAGGAGGUAGAGGCUCCGGUGGAAGUAGAGGAAGGGGAGCUAAGACGCUCGAAGAGGGCAAGACGCCCAAAUACCCUUAGACGUGCCUGA